AUGGUGUCCGUUGAGAUAUUGCUUUGCUUAGUUUUGAUCAGCACUUGCAAAGGAGACACCAGUACAUUAGAUUUUAGCGACAGUGAUCUAGAGAGCAUUAUUUUGAAGGCUUUGCAGGACAAUGAGACAUUGUCAACAGACUUUUCAAGUGGAGCUGACGAAUUAUGUAAGCCUUUCAAUUCAGUGAAGCCAGAUUUUCACGUUGCAGGACAAAGAAUUAGCGUAACCAAAUGUCUAGAAUAUAAAUGGGAAAUAAAAAACCAAGCAGACGAAGAUGUAGCGAAUGAAAAAUGCCGGACAUACCUUAUAUCUCAAAUCAAGCGUGGAAUAAUCCCAGAAAUAUUAGUAUUUGUUCCACCUAGUGUUAUAUUUGGAGGUGUAGAUGCGAAACCUGCUGAGUUUCCUCAUAUGGGUGCUAUAGGAUGGAAGGCCAAAGACGAAUCUAAAUGGGUGUUCAAAUGUGGCGGUUCAUUAAUAAGUGAGAAGUACGUUCUAACUGCUGCACACUGCACCUGGUUGCCAAUUCGAAAACAUCUAGAUGUCUCGAAGGCUACUCCAGAAGUUAUAAGAUUUGGCGUGGAAAAUAUUGAAGAUUAUAUGUUUCAAAUAAACGGAAAACCAAUAGAUAUGACAAUCAAAACUAUAAUCAAACACCCUCGUUAUAAACCGCCGCAGAAGUAUUAUGACAUCGCUCUAAUAGAAUUGGAGGCUGCGGUGAAAUUCUCGCAUACAGUUCGGCCAGCGUGUCUGUUCACUGAGCGGACGCUUGACACGGGAUCAAAAGGCAUCUUAACUGGAUGGGGUGUUACCGAAAGCGGAAACCCAUCGACGGUUCUUCAGAAGGCCGUCGUUGAUAUAUUUACGACAGGGCAGUGUAAUCCACUACUCCAAGACACUUGGAACAGGAACUGGCACGGUUUCGCUAAACAUCAGUUAUGUGCCGGAAAACUCGCUGGAAAAGUCGAUACUUGCCAGGGCGAUUCCGGCGGUCCUUUACAAAUCAAAAUAGAUAGUGGCUCAAAUGCAACUAUGAGUACGGUGGUCGGACUUACGUCAUUUGGAGUGAAAUGUGGGCAGAAGGACAAACCAGGCAUUUAUACCAAAGUGUCCUCUUUCAGAAAAUGGAUCGAGAAUAUAGUUUGGGGACAUAAAGAUAGUCCGGUUGCACAGAAUAAAACAGAAGGCCCAUCAUUGUUCAAACGAAAAAAUAUUACUUUGAGUGGUGGACUUGUGACUUUUUAA